UAUCUCUGAAUGCGGCACACUAUAGAGAUUAUUUAAUUAUUAAUUGCCACUUUUUCAGUAGCCGAAACAAAAUGAACGCAUUGAAGUCUAUAUUUUUAUUUUUUGUUUUAUUUAGUUUUGUUUGCGCUAAACAUGAGCAAUAUGAUGGACAUUCAUUAUACGAAGUCAAAACAGACAACAUGGUACAAGCACAUUUUUUUAAGCAAAUGGAGAGAGUUCUUCUUUUAGACGUGUGGAAUAAUCCGACGAUUGAUAGACCUGGCCAGGUGUUGGUAGCAAAAGAUCAGAGAGAAUAUUUUGAAAAUAAACUUUCUGCUGCCGGGAUACGAUACAAAGUCACUGUGGAAAAUAUCAAAAGAUCGGUAUUCCGCAGAGGGGUGCGCGCGCCUCGGCUGUUUUAUACUGGGACAUGUAGAACGAAUGCGGGAGUGCGUGCGCCCCUUCGGCGACUACUGGAUAAUUAUAACACAAACUUUGCAGAAUUAGACAUAUUUGGGUUCUCAAAAUUAAAGUUUAAUAAAAUGGUCCCUAAAGUAUGGCGGCACGGGCUGAACCGCCUCCGCUUGACGGUGCUCGUGUGCAAGAGCGGGUCUCUUUCCAAUGUCAGGGAAGAAGCGGUGCAUGAGGUCGGACUGGAACCUGGCGAACUCACUCUCCAUAUCAAUGGAGAUCUGGCUCCAGUCUGA